AUGGCGGAUGAAAGCGAAGACUUCGAGAAACAAAUUUCAGACGCUCAGCCAAAAAUGGAAGACGAAGGUGGAGGUAGUGAGGAAGAAGUAAAUCAAGGAUGGGCAGAUGCUAUGGCAAGAAUUCUUGAAAAUCAGUUACCGGAGGACAAGCCACCUGUGUUAUUGAAAUACAAGAAAAUUGAAAAGAGAAAAGCAGAGAGAAAUGAACAAUUAGCCUCCAAGAAGCUGAAAAGUCAAGAACGGCAUGCUAUGCUUGAGAAAGACCAUAUUAAACCUGAUGCCUCAACACUGGAUUAUGAAAAGAACUUAAUGAGAAUUGCAACAAGAGGAGUGGUCAAACUGUUCAAUGCUGUCAGUAAACAUCAGAAGGAGAUGAACAGUAAACUAAACUCUGCUCCUACUGAAGCCAAGAAAACAAAAGUGGAAACGAUGUCCAAAUCUACCUUUCUUGACAUGCUGAAGAGCAGCUCUGACAAGGGACGGACUCAAGAGAAUAAAGAACAGAAAGGAACGGGAAUCGAGCUCACUGAUACCGACGAUGCGUCAUCAUGGAGCAUUCUACGCGAUGACUUUAUGAUGGGCGCUAAGAUGAAAGACUGGAACCGAGAAGAACAAAAAACCAAGAGGAAAGAUAAAAAACUAACAGACAUUACUGAUCAUGAGCUGGAAACAAGUAACGCUGACUUCUUUGAUGAAUCAGAUGAUGGGAACAACGAGCAGUCGGAUUCAGAGUCAGAUAUGGAUUCGCAAGGGGGCUAGAGCGUGACAAAGCGUGACGAAAAGUUCCUCAAUAUCGCGCUUUUUUGACAAUUUCGUUACUUCGAAUCACACUGUCCUGUGACGCAAGGUGAUGCUUUGCGGAGAAUGCUGUCAAUAAUACCAGUUUGCAGUUUUAAAAAAAAAUUCAAUCGACAUUGUAGCGGGAGAUGGAAAUCUUCUAAAAUGGACGCAAAAGUCUGGUCCUAAAGGCACCCAGAAGAGGGUUGACUCUGUAAAGGAACUCUGCCAAGAGCGCAGUUUCAAAUGUAUCUGCUCCGCGCAGACAAACUAAAAUCGAAUUAAUCCCUUGUAACCUUUGCGGUGCUCUUAUUGGUUUUCUCUUGGGUGUUUUAAUGUAGAGGCAACGCGUGAAAGCUAAACGGUCAAAUUUUUUUGGCUAAUGUAAGGCCUCGUGUAUCCCUAUCAAACGGUUCCACCCUAAAUAUAAAUGUUCUUA